AUGUGUUCAGAGAGAGGAGAGGACAGACCUGAAAGAUUCCUGAUCUUAGUUAGCUAGGUCCAGCAUACCACCAUGAAGACAAUUCUCUGUUUAAUAUUUGUUUUCAUCGCCGUAAAUGCCGCUGGUAAAAGGACAUAUCGUCCUGCACCAUACAACGGGGGAAAUGGCUACAAUGGUGCUGGAAAUGUCUACAAUGGGGUAAACGGCUACAAUGGUGCACCAAAUGGUUACAGUGGUGCACCAAAUGGUUACAAUGGUGCACCUAAUGUCUACACUGGUGCACCAAAUGGCUACACUGGUGCACCAAAUGGUUACAAUGGUGCACCAAAUGGCUACAUUGGUGCCCCUAAUGGCUACACUGGUGCACCAAAUGGCUACAUUGGUGCCCCUAAUGGUUACAAUGGUGCAGCACCUGGUGGCAAUGGUGGUGGUGGAAGUGGUGCUAGCUACAUGCCAGUGGUAAAUGGUUAUACUGGUAGUGGAGCUCCAUAUGACCCAGCUGCAGCAAACGGUAAUGGGGCUGCAUAUGACCCACUUGUAGGGAACGGUAAUGGACAAGAGGGAAACGGAGCUAGUGUAGACGUUGGCAAAUUAUUAUCAGCUCUAGUUAAUGUCCUCGUAGAAAGCAAAGACAAAACACCUGCACAACCAGCAUAUGAUCCAUACAAUGGUCCAGGCAUGCAGAUGCCAGGAGGUCCUGGAAAUGCACCAAUGGAUCUAGGCAGACAGAUGCCAGGAGGUCCUGGAAAUGCACCAAUGGAUCCAGGCAUGCAGAUGCCAGGAGGUCCUGGAAAUGCACCAAUGGAUCCAGGCAUGCAGAUGCCAGGAGGUCCUGGAAAUGGACCAAUGGAUCCAGGCAUGCAGAUGCCAGGAGGUCCUGGAAGUGAACCAAUGGAUCCAAGCAUGCAGAUGCCAGGAGGUCCUGGAAGUGAACCAAUGGGCCCAGGAGGUCCUGGAAGUGAUCCAAUGGAUAUGGGACAGGGAAUGCCAGGAGGUCCUGGAGGUGAUAUGAUAGCAAAUGGUGGGCCUUGUGACCCUAAUGAUCCAUACUGUCAAGAGCCAUGUGAUCCUAAUGAUCCAUCAUGUCAAGAACCAUGCGACCCUAAUGUUGAAUACUGUGGUGGUCCUUGUGAUCCAAAUGAUCCUUCUUGCCCACCCGAUGCUGGUACAGGCACUGGAGACUUAAUGCCAUAUGAUGGUCAAGAUGGUCAAGGUGGUCAAGGUGGUCAAGGUGGUUAUAAUGGUUAUGGUACAUAUGGAAAGAAAAAAUACGCCAAAAAAUAUGGGAGCUAUGGUAAGAAAUCUACACCUAAACCAUACGCUAAACCUUACGUCAGAACAUACAAGAAAAAAACCAUUAGAAAACCAUAUGCCAAGACAUAUUACACUAAAAGAUACAACAAGAAGCCUUAUGCCAAAAAACCCAAGGGUGGAUAUUAAACAGACUAUAUGAAUGAUGUUCAGUCAUGAAGUACUGUAUUAUAUUGUAAAAGUGUAAAUAAACUAAUUGCAGCAUGUUA